UUUGUCUCUAAAUAUAUCUUGAAGAAUGGGCGGUCCUAGUUUCGAGGAUGCUCGAUGAUGCUGAGGCAAGGAUGUCAAAAAGAGAGGCUAUUUUAAUAAUACGGAAAUAAGAUAUAUAUUUUUUGUGGAUUAAAGCAUAACAAUAGAGUAAUGUGAAUAGAGAGGAAAAAGGAAAACCGUGAGAGGCAUUUUGAUGAACAGUGCGUCUUUGUCUAGAUUAAACCUCAGUAAUGCCAGCGAGAGACAGAAGACAACAGAGCUGUUUAUAUUUCUCCAUCCAACUGGUAAACGUAAUUUGAUGUCGAAUGGGCUUUUUGAGAAAAAAUAUUUCUGUCUAGCAGCUCUCUAAACAUCCGCAGCGGUGAUACAUUAUUUCAUAGUGGACACAGUGGAGGUUUGAUAAUUUAUUUGGAGUCAGGUUAUUCUGAGUAGACAUAAUUUGAUCCAAGAAGGCCUUGUGUAAAUGAUAGGAGAAAACGGAGGACAUCCGUGUUUAAAUGCAAACAUAGUGUGACUGCUUGGUCAUGAUGAUGCGAGAUGAGUAAGUCUUUAUCCACUUAUUUUCAAAGAUGACAUCAGUGUGAUGAUGAUGCAAUUUACUGAAAGCUGUCACUUUUAAUUUAAAGUUUAGCAUCCAGUCCAAAUUAUGGGAUUGUAAUUUCACCUAUUGUGGUUUGUUUAUGUAUCUAAAAAACUCGAAUGCAAGACAAACAUUGUUUCCAAUUCAGUUCUAACCAGGUCAUUACCCACACGUUUAUUUCUUAAACAAUUGAUCUGAGAUUGAUCAGGGCCUGCAACAAAUCCUCUUGGCCCUGUCAGUGAUAAUCGGUGGAUGCUCUUAUCUCUAACCGUUUUCCUCUGGAGACUCUAUCGAUACCUCUCCAUGUUCAGCUCCGAAAGACUCACGGUACCGGAAUAUGUCAGCCGGAUUGGGAACCGGAGAUCGGGCAGCUCUAGCUCAUCCUCGGAACCGAAAGCACCACCGGUCUCACCGGGUGUCCAUGGUGCCGACGUACAGGAUGUUUUGGACACCUCACUCCCGGCCCUGCGCUCUGCUAUCAAGACACUGAAAUCAGCCAAAGAUACCUCGGAUCUAGACGAGACCCGCAGGGCCAUCGCAGAGACGUUCCAGUUAGUAGAGGAGGCCUGGGUUCUGCCCACUGUGGGCAGGCAGGUCGCAGAGGAGAUAUGCAACAGGAUACGACUGGACGGAGGACUGGAGCUGCUCCUGCAACUCCUCAUGACACCUGCUGUGGAGAUCACCUAUGAGUCUGCCAAACUACUGGAGCAGAUACUGGUCUCUGAGAACAGAGACUAUGUGGCUCGCAUAGGUCUGGGGGUGAUCCUGAACCUGACGAGGGAGACCGAGGAUGCCCAGCUGGCCCGCAGCGUCUCAGGCAUCCUGGAGCACAUGUUCAAACACACCGAGGAGACGUCUGCCCAGCUCAUCGCCAACGGCGCCCUGGAUGCCCUGCUCUUCUGGUGCCGCGGUACCGACCCCACCGUCCUCCGCCACUGUGCCGUGGCGCUCGCCAACUGUGCCAUGUACGGCGGCCAUCGCUGCCAGCGGCUGAUGAUCGAGAAGCAGGCGGCAGAGUGGUUGUUUCCAUUGGCGUUCUCCAAAGAGGACGAGCUCAUCCGCUUCCAUGCGUGUUUAGCGGUGGCCGUGCUCGCCAAUAACCGGGAGAUUGAGAAGGAGGUGGUGAAGUCGGGGACGUUGGAGCUGGUGGAGCCCUUUAUUGCAUCUCUGGACCCUGAUGAGUUUGCCCGGAGCUUGCUGGACAGUGCGGACAGCAUGCAGGGGAGGACGGCUGCAGACCUACAGCAGCUCCUGCCACUACUGGAUGGGGCCAGACUAGAGGGGAAGUGUAUCGCUGCCUUCUACCUGUGUGUCGAAACCAGCAUCAAGUCACGCCAGCGCAACACCAAGAUCUUCCAGGAGAUAGGUGCGGUGCAGAGCCUGAAAAGGAUCGUCAUGUACUCCAGCAACGGGACGGCCUGUGCCCUGGCGAAGCGGGCACUGGGGAUGAUGGGGGAGGAGGUGCCACGACGUAUCCUCUCCUCCGUGCCCAACUGGAAGGGUGGUGAGGUGCAGAGAUGGCUCCAAGUUAUUGGAUUCAGCGCUUACACUGAGCGCUUCCAGGAGCUGCAGGUGGAUGGUGACCUACUGCUGAACAUCACAGACCAGGAUCUGAGCACUGAUCUGGGUAUGACCGCAGGACUCACUCGCAAGAGGUUCCUCCGUGACCUGCGUGUGCUGAAGACCUACGCCAACUACUCGACCUGUGACCCCAAUAACAUGGCUGACUGGCUGGGUGAGGUGGACCCGCGCUUCCGCCAGUACACCUACGGCCUGGUGCAGUCUGGAGUGGACCGCAAGAAUGUCCUCCACCUCACCGACCAGCAGCUCCAGUCAGACUGUAACAUUGAGAACGGCAUCCACCGCGCCAAGAUCCUGGCAGCCACCCGUAGGCCGAUUAAGCCGUGUCUGACCGAUGCCCAACCCCCUGGACCGGACGUAUUUAUUAGCUACCGCAGGACCACCGGUUCCCAGCUCGCCAGUCUGUUGAAGGUCCACCUUCAGGUCAGAGGUUUCAGUGUGUUCAUUGACGUGGAGAAGCUGGAAGCAGGGAAGUUUGCUGACAAGCUGAUCCAGAGCGUCCAGCGGGCACGGAACUUCAUCCUGGUGCUUUCUGCCAACGCCCUUGACAAGUGCAUGGGCGACACUGGCAUGAAGGACUGGGUACACAAGGAGAUUGUCACUGCUCUGGCUGGAAAGAAGAACAUCGUCCCUGUAACUGAUAACUUCAUGUGGCCUGACCCAAACUCUCUUCCUGAGGACAUGAAAACCAUCCUAAACUUCAAUGGCAUCAAGUGGUCUCAUGAGUACCAGGAGGCCACCAUUGAGAAGAUCCUACGUUUCCUUAAGGGCAACCCUAGCCAAGACCUGACUGACUGCCCCAAGACAGACUGCCCCAAGACAGACUGCCCCAAGACAGAUUGCCCCAAGACAGACUGCCCCAAGGGGCCUCAGGGACCACAGAAGAAAUAGAGGCCUCUGAGUGGAGGUCCUCUGGUCUCUGAUGAUGUAAAACGGUGACCAAUAGUGAUCAGUAAUCAAUCAUGCCAAACAGAGCGUGCUCUGGUUGGUCAGUUCUAACCCUGUGCAUGUGAAGACAUGUUUAAUAGGCCGUAUUUAGAUAAUAUGCUAAUGAGAUGGCUUUGCUACUAGCCACUGAUCCAGAUGUACAGUUAAUUCAAUUGAAGUCCAUAGCGUAAAUACUAAAUGUAAUUUGUGGUUUCAGCACUUGUAAAUACCACAUACUACUCCCUUAAACUGCAGUGCCAUGGUCAUAAGCUGUUACUAGUGUGGUCAGGGAUAUUUUGUGUCUCUCAGGAAAUAACCAGUGUGAUAAGUCAGCUAUCGCUGGCACCGAGCAGAACACAUAAUAACAAUCUGGAGUAUCUCUGUUGCAUCUCAUUGUUUUAAAUAGGCCCAUACUUUCUAAGACAAAACAAUAUCCUGGUUUUUAGUAAUGAUCCAGUGUAAACUAUAUAGCGUAUGGGAAAUACUGUAUCUCUUUUUUUCUUAUGGUGCUUAUAAAUGAAACCCUGUAUGCUCA